AUGGCUGCUCUUAGAAGAAUAAGCCAAGUUAUGAAUCUUCUUGUUCGACGCAAUCUUACUCUCACCUUAGAAGUUGCGAGUUAUGACAAGGCAUAUCCUUGGGUUUUGCAUUGGAUUACAAUGAAAUCUAAUGGAUCUGUAGUUAACGGUGCAAAAAGGAGUAUGGGUGGUGCAAGUCAGCAUCUUAGUGUAGAAACUAGCGUGGUACGUACAGAAGGUGGUCGAGUUAAAGCGGCAUUCGACUUUGUACCUAGUGUUGGUGUUCACUAUAUGAUUCAUCAGAUGAGAGUAAUUCGUAUUGAACGUGUUCGGGCUCAGCAAUCUCUUCAAGGUGCUUCCGUAGCUCCAUUCGAAAGCGUAACUCUUACUACCUUUGGUCGGAAUACCAGGUUUUUUAUGGAUCUACUCGAAGAAGCUAGAGAAGAAGCUUUGGCGCGAGAAAAAGGAUGGACUGUUGUUUACAAGGCUGUCGGUUCAGAAUGGCGUCAGUUUGGCUAUCCUCGCCCACGGCGACCUUUAAAUUCAGUAAUACUGCGUGAAGGUGUAACUGAAGCUAUUGUAGCAGAUGUGAAAGAAUUUGUUGACAACCAAAAUUGGUAUACCGAUCGUGGAUGCGGCAAAACCAGUUUUAUAACAGCGUUAGCAGGUCAUUUAGAUUAUAGCAUCAGCAUAUUAAACUUGAGUGAAUUUGGUAUGACAGCUGAUAGACUGGAUCAUCUACUUACACAUGCACCACUUCAAACUAUCAUCUUACUGGAAGAUAUUGACGCUGCAGUACAUAGUCGUAAUAAACCAAAUAAUGAUUUUCUUCAGAAUAAAGCUUAUGAAGGUAUGCCAACACUUACUUUAAGUGGUUUAUUAAACGCACUGGAUGGCGUAACGUCCACAGAUGGUCGUAUUAUAUUCAUGACAACAAACUAUAUUGACAGGCUUGAUCCAGCCCUCAUACGACCUGGUCGCGUUGACAUGCGCGUACGCUUUGACGUUUGUGAUCGAUCUCAAUUGAUAAGAAUGUUCAGUCGUUUUUAUCCUCAGUGGACGUCAUCUGACAUUCAUCAGUUAGCUGAAAAAUUUGCAAACCUACUGGAAGGAACACCAUUGAGUUCAGCUCAAAUCCAAGGUUUCCUACUGCUACACAAAGAUGAACCUUUAAAAGCACUUAGCGAUAUACAGCAACUAAUUUCGCCGUGUGAUUCGUGA